AUGGCAACUCAAAAGGACAACCCAGAUAUUAUUCACCUUGAAACCAACACGAACCAAGGUGAUUCCAACUCCAAGAACAUCACCAGCGAAAUCACCCCUGUUCCGAAACCAAACACCGACUCUUCUUUCACGGGAAGAGACAAAGCUGCCCAGUUUCUGAAGCAAGCCAACCAGGCUACCAUCAUUGUCACUCCUAGCGAGAAUGCUCGUGUCCUCCGCAAGAUCGACCUUCACCUCCUCCCCAUCAUCCUCUUCGUCUACUGUCUCCAGUCACUCGACAAGACAACUCUCUCCUAUGCGUCAGUCUUUGGCCUCAUCGAUGACACGCACUUGGAAGGCCAGGAGUUCUCAUGGCUAGGCUCCGUGGUGUAUGUGGCUCAGCUGGUGUUUCAGCCGCUGGUUGCCUAUGCCCUGGUGAAGUUGCCCGUGGGCAAAUUCUGUGCCACCAUGGUGUUUUGCUGGGGAGCGGUGCUGUGCGGCAUGACGGCUGCGAAGAAUUUCGGAGGUCUGAUGGCCGCGAGAUUAUUGCUGGGAGCGUUUGAGGCUUCGGUUGCCCCGACUUUUAUUGCAGUCGUACAAAUGUGGUACCGCAGAAAAGAACAGACGACUCGAAACGCCUCCUGGUAUGCAAUGCUGGGAGUUGUCAACAUGCUCGGAAGUCUCCUCACAUAUGGCCUGGGUCACAUCAAGUCCACCCUUCGACCCUAUCAAAUCAUCUUCCUCUUUUGUGGCUGCAUCACUGUUGCUUUUUCAAUAAUCAUGUACCUUUUCAUGCCCGACUCCCCCAUGGAGGCAAAGUUCCUCAAAGAAGACGAGAAACUCAUCGCUAUUGAACGUCUGCGAAUGAACCAGAUGGGUAUUGGCUCCGGCGUCUGGAAAUGGGAGCAUGUUCGCGAAGCCAUGCUGGACCCAAAGACGUGGCUCUGGACCUGUCUCAUGCUUACCAUCUCGAUUCCCAGUGGUGGCAUCUCUACCUUUGGUCCGCUCAUCAUUCAGUCCUUUGGCUUCAGCUCCUUCACCACGAUCCUCUUCAAUAUCCCAUUUGGCGCAUCCGCCGUUCUCUUGUUCCUAUGCCUUCCUCCCAUUGCGGGCUGUGUCAUCCUUCUCGUUACCGGCCGAGCUCCAUCCGACCGAGCCGUUCUCCUGGUUGGCUACUACAUCAUCUCCGUCUACCCUGGCAUUUCUCCUCUGAUCUACUCCUGGUCAGGCCAGAACACUGCCGGCGAUACCAAGCGCAAAGUGACUACCGGCAUGCUCUUUGUGGGAGCGAGUGUCGGCAACAUCAUCGGCCCGCAGCUCUUCAAGCCCAGCGAGAAGCCGCGCUACGACCGCGGUUUGCGAUCGAAUCUUGCUCUUUUCGUGGUGUUGGCAGUCCUGAUUGUUGCGGGUAUGCUUUGGAUCAAGGUCCUUAACACGCGGCAAGCGGCGAGACGGCGGGCGCUCGGCAAGUCAGAGGUGAUCCGGGAUCUUAGCAUGAUGGACAGGAAGCGAGGCGAUAAUGAAUACGACGAGGAGAUUUUGAACAUGGGUGAUGAUAAUGUUGGGGACAAGGCGUUCGAAGACGUGACGGAUUUGCAGAAUGAGGAUUUCAUCUAUGUUUAUUGA